AUGUAUAAUGCUAACUUUUUUUCGCUGGUCACUGAUAACACUCAGGCACCAACAUUUGUUAAUUCGAAUGCUUUGGGCAGACUAAUUAUGUUCGAUGUUAAAGACCAAAAUGGAUACACGAUUUGGGCUGGAAUUAUUCCUGAUAUUUCAAUUGGCUAUGCCUACUUCACUGAACCGGAAACAAUGCUAAUUAAGCAAUCUGAAAGCGUGGUCAGAAAUUUAAACAAAUUCUUAUCUUCCAAUCCCGGGAGUAUGCUUGACUGGAUAGUGGUACAUGUAUUUAAGUACGAGUCUGCUGGUCUAGUAAUCGAUAUGUUACGGAGAAACGGGUUUGGUCCAUAUAUAGGAAAAUGUAAUGUGUUGCGAUGGAAAAGUGGUGUAUUGGUAUCACUAGACGUUCAGGUUCACUUUGAUCCGCUGGUUCAGGCAAAGAUUUAA